AUGAUUCGCAAACAAGCGCGCCAAAGGCGCGAUUACCUCUAUCGACGUGCUCUUCUUCUGCGGGACGCUGAGAUCAGCGAGAAACGAGCCAAAUUGAGAUCUUCUUUGGCUUCUGGCAAGCCUUUAGAUCCUUCAAUUGCCAACGACAAGUCACUUCGCAAAGACUAUCAGUAUGACGAAUCACGACCUGAUCUCACCACCAACGAGCAGCUCGACCUGGACGAUGAGUACGCUCAGCUUUCAGGCAUUGUCGAUCCUCGCGUUCUUGUGACGACUUCACGAGAUCCCUCGGCUAGAUUAUCAGCGUUCGCCAAGGAGAUCAGACUUCUACUUCCCACUGCCGUGCGCCUCAAUCGUGGAAACCUCAUCCUGCCCGAUCUUGUACGCUCCGCUCAGUCAGCUGGCCUCUCCGACGUCGUCCUUCUUCACGAACAUCGAGGCACCCCAACUGCUUUGACAUUGUCGCAUUUUCCGCAUGGUCCAACUGUCUCAUUCUCUCUUCACAACGUCGUUUUACGCCACGAUAUUCCUGGAAGCGUUCGAGGAACCGUGAGCGAAUCGUACCCUCACCUCAUCUUUGAUGGCUUUACAAGUCGCUUAGGCGAGCGUGUAGUGAAAGUACUGAAACAUGUCUUUCCUCCCAGGGAAGCCAUCACGAGCAAAAACAAGGUCGGCAACCGAGUCGUCACAUUCAAGAACAUCGAGGACAGCAUUGAAGUCAGGCAUCAUGUUUUCGUGCGGACAGGAUACGACAGCGUUGAGCUGGCUGAAGUCGGGCCACGGAUGACAAUGAGGGUAUUCGAGAUUCGAAGCGGCACGCUUGACAACAAGGAUGGCGACGUUGAAUGGCAUCUCACGCAAUACACACGAACCGCCAAGAAGAAGAACUAUUUAUGA